AAGUGAUUUGACGGGCAGCAGAAGCUCCUGCGCGCCUCCUGUGUUUUUCUUUUACGCGCAAACCUUUUUGGCGGUCUCACGCAAGCCCCCACUCCCCCGCAGCAGUGCGCGUGUGCGUGUGCGUGUGCGUGCUUAGUCAGUCAGGCUGUCUGUCUAAUAGACUGACCCCCCAGCAAGCGGUUUAAAGGGAACACAAGAGCGCUGAGUCAACGAAUCGCAAGCAGAAGGAUGCAACAGUUGAUGUGCGCAUAGAUUGCAGAGUUUUUUCUUGCGCCCGGAGACGCUCUGCACACGGGGAGGAUGCUGGCCGUGAUCCAUGUGGGGAAAAGGCUCCAAUCUUAGGUUGCUUUAAGAAAAACCAAAAAUUAAAAACUGCCUAUUUGUUCCUCUUCAAGGCAGCGAAAGAGCAAACGCGCUCUCUCUCUCUCUUUCUCUCUCUCCUAAACAAAAUGGGACAUUUGGACUGAAACGCAUUCGAGUGGACUUGGAAUGGAGUUAAUGCGCGAAUUUCGGAAGGUCUGCGGCGGCGAGUGAGCGAUCCUGCUGUGCGGAGAGCAGCAAGCAUGCAGCGGAUUCUGCAGAGGAGGCGAGUGCGCAAGCUGCGGGUCGUCUGGGCUUCCUUGGCCCUGGUAGCUCUGUCCCUGGCCGCCUGCAGCGCGCUGUUCACGGCGUGGACCUGGCGGCAGACGCGGGACCUGUCUCAGUCCUUCCAGAUCCUGCAGGACCGACUCGAGCAGGUCAACACGCAGAGGAAGGCGAUUGUUCAGCUCAUUCUGGAGAAGAGAGAGCUGCUCCUGGAGCGAGUCAAGCGAGAUGGGGGCUCGGUGCGAGGGAGAAAUGGCAAUGGAAGGAAAGCGGCGUCUCAUUUCGAGAUAACCAAGCUGUCCUCUCAGCAAGUCGGAGAAGGCGGCGUGAUAAAAGGCUGGGAGGAGAGGACGCUGAAUAUGAGUAAAGCGGUGAGGUACAACAAGGAUGAAGGUACCUUCAUCGUGGAGAGAGCGGGGGUCUACUUCCUGUUCUGUCAGGUGUUGUUCAACGAACAGCAGUCUCAAUAUGUGAAGCUGGACGUGGUGACCAACGGACCCCGGCCACAGAAGCUGCAGUGCAUGGAGGGCUACGGGACAACACCCUCUGCAGGGCCGCACUCCUUCCACUUCGUGAAGCCCUGCCAGGUGUCUGGCCUCCUGCGGCUGGAGAAAGGCGCGGAGCUCCAGGCCAAGACGGGCCCCUCCUUCAGUCUCCACCCAGUGGCCAAUCACGUCUUCAGCAUCUUUAAAGUCAACUGAAGAUCACCUGAUCGUUGUCGCAAACUUUGCUCCUGUUCACAAAUCCAGCAGACCUACAACAGAAUGUUCUCUUUUUGCAUUGAAAAUGGAUAAUAUAAGGAUUUUUUUUUUUUUUUUUUUACAAGGCCAAACAAAAGGCCAGUGGUAUUUCUCAGUUAUUCCCACAUAUGCUCAUCUGAGAGACAAAGCUGACAUUUGUGGAAGCCGUGGUGGAAUUUGUCUCUGGACUGCCGCCUUUUUGGAACUCAGUUUUGGAUUAAAACCAAGACCUACAGUGAACAAAAAAAAAAAAAAAAAAA